AAAUUAUAAAAAAAAAUGCCGACAUGGAUGAGGCCCUCGGCAGUUCCACCCCAAAUAUGGCUACGCGAAAACGGGAUCGUCGUGCGAGAUGUGACCCCUGACCUUGACGAAUAUGUCAUUGACCUGAUGGCGGAAAUCCACAGCCGAGAAGCACCUUUGUCGAAGAGCGCGCAGCUGUACAAUGACCAAGCCUCAUUGGAAGAUGUGAAGCGCAUGUGGCGCCACCAGAGUCUGCCUCAAAGGGUGUCCCUGGUCGCCCUGGCGGAAGGUUCCCCAGGGGCGGACAUGGAACCAGUCACGCCAGAAAAUCCACCAAUCGUGUUGGGAGCAAACGUACUGAGGGUUAAAUGUAAGGCCGACCCUGAGCAGAAUUUGGUCCAAGCAGCCAAGGGGAAGGCCUUCAUGAAAGUAUUUUCGCACAUGGAGAAAUUCGGCCAAGGAGUUGACUUGUAUGAAAGGUUUCAAAUUGAUCACUACCUGGAUGCCGUCGGGCUGGCUGUGGGUCGGAGCCACCGAGGUCUUGGCAUCAGCGAAAUGCUUCUGCGGGCGAGGCGUGAUCUGUGCACGCGACUUGGCAUCCCUCUUACCAAGACUGUGUUCACUUCAACAGCAGCCCAAAGAGCAGCAAAAAGAGUUGGUUUUCAGGUAGUCAAAGAAAUGCCUUUCUCCGAAAUGAAAGAUGACUCCGGUGCUUGUGAUUUUCCCGACCUUUGUGACGGAAAUCAGACUGUUCAGCUAUGCGCUUGGAAAUUCAAUUGAAAUAAAAUGAGA